AUCAGGGAGCGUGAGAAUAAAAAGCGGGCUCUGCUGCAAGCCCAAUUCAUACCUUUCUCGGCCUUUUGGCUAAGAUCAAGUGUAGUAUCUGUUCUUAUCAGUUUAAUAUCUGAUACGUGGGUCAAUGGCCCACACGAUAUUAAAUUAAUUUUUUUAGGGGGAGAGGCCCAUCACUGGAGCUUGCUUCAGGGGCUUCUCAAGUGUCGCCCAUGCGUUGCACUAUUGCACGGGCCUGGCGCACCUCACCAAUUUCAGUUUAAUGAUUUUUCAAUUGGGCUUAAAGUUAAUAAUAUUGGUCCAUUUUGUAUUGAAGGAAGAAUCACUUGCUUCAUUAAGUAA